AUGGAUUAUGGUUCAGGAAAAACAUUUGAAGAACAAGAAAUUAUUGAACAUUAUGUAACUGAAUGUCGUCGAACCGUACCAAUAAGUCAUAAUAAUUUCUUGGAAAAUGGUACAAUACAGCGAAGUUCAACAGCUGAACGAAGUCUUGAAGAACAAACUUUUUCACAGACAUUUAGAAAUGGUGGUGCUAACGACAGUCUAUUGCAGUCAACAAAUGGAUUCAUCGAAAAUGAUACAGAAAAAAGAUUUUUAAACACUGGUGAACGAGACUACAGUCGUGAUGGAACAUUCUUACAAAGUUUAGGUACCUCAGCAGUGCCACAAAGUUCAUCGCGAGAAACUAGCCAUGUUUAUUCAAACGGUAAAAUUGAAUCUUAUGGUUAUGACGUUCACGAGGUACAUACUUCAGAAGGUGGUGCUCGAAUAGUGCAGACUAGAGGAAGUGGUUUGAUCAACAAUGGUGAAGGACCAGCAAUUGAACAACGUGAUCGGUCGAUCACCGAACAACAUACUGCCGAUGGUAGAAAAAUUGAGCGGAAUACGACCUUGAUUGAAGAGCGAAUUGUUGGAGAGCGUAGGCCCGGAAUUACAUCGGUACUGAAAAAUGGAACCAAAGAUGUAACUUUUGUAGACCCAAUAAGCUCCCUACCACGGAAGAAUAGCUAUAAACGUAUGCAGCAGGGUCAGCUAGACGAUUCAGUAGACGUUUACACGCCACGCUCAAAUGUCUCACUAAUGCAAGGAACACGACUAGCGUCAAAAUCGAGUGAAGACUAUACGAUUUCUCAACGAAUCAUCAGUUUCUUCCAAAAACUGUUUUCCAGAAUACGGGAAACCGAAUGGACACCGCGAUUGAUUGGCCUUGUAAUUUUGUUACUGUUGUUGUUGAUAUUAUUUUUUGUACUUUUGGGUAUUAUUAUCAGUGCUGCACUAGGCGGAUUUUCGACAAAAAAACUAAUCCUCUAUCCUCCUAUUUGUGAAGAAUGCCGUCGACGGAGUCCACCAGAUGCUUUUGAUCAGAAACCUAGUACACUUUACAUACAUUAUUAUAACUCACGACAAACGCAUUUAGAAAUUAAAGGAAAUCCUCCGCUUAAAAGUCAUUCGUUUACUGCAAUAGACUUCGAAACGGGAUAUAUAGCAAUUGCUGAUCAUGCUCUAAAGGAUACCACUGGGAAGCAUUUUGUCUGUUUCGUAAUGCCACUAGAUCGAACGGCUUUACCAAACAUGGAUGCUCUCAAGGAUGCUGUCGCCAGUUCAAAUACCGAGGUACAAACUGAAUUUGGAUGGCAGGAAUAUUGGCAGUUUCAACCUGAACAAAUCGAUACGAUAACAGCAGAGAGAAAAUUUUCAGAAAAAAUUGAGCAGUGCAUUGACGCUCGAUGGUAUAUGCUGAAACAAACUGUGUAUACACGAGAUGGAAAGUGCUCGGAUUGUUAUGAUUUCUGUUUACCGGACUAUAGCAUACAGAGGCUGCAGAAAUACAAAGACGAUAUGACAUUAAAUAUCCGCAGGCUUGAUUGUUUCCGAUUAUACGUGCCUGAAUGGACAAAGUUCCAAAUUCGAAGCGAUAAUCAAGGCGGGCAUUGGCAGUAUCCAAAUUUGGAGAGUGGCGACAGAAAUACUUUCGUAGGAUGGAAAUAG